AUGAAGACGAAGCAGGCUUCCAAGGCCAAGGCGGCGCCGUCGCCGGGGAAGGAGGAGGAAGCAGUUGCACCGGGGGGUUUCCGGAAGGGACCAUGGACGGAGCAGGAGGACAUGAAGCUGGCGUGGUUCGUGCGGCUCUUCGGCGAGCGCCGCUGGGAUUUCUUAGCUAAGGUGUCAGGUUUGCAAGACCGGACGGGGAAGAGCUGCCGGCUCCGGUGGGUCAACUACCUGCACCCGGACCUCAAGCGCGGCCGGAUGAGCCCCGAAGAGGAGCGCCUCGUCGUCGACCUCCACGCCCGCUGGGGCAACCGCUGGUCCCGCAUCGCCAAGGCCAUGCCGGGCCGCACCGACAACGAGAUCAAGAACUACUGGCGCACCCACACCCGCAAGCUCCACAAGGACACGCGCGCCGCCUCUGCUGCUUCGGCCUCCACGACCACGACCACGUCCACGUCCAUGUCGGCGGCGUCUCCGGCCACCACGUCCAGCUCCUCCUCCUCCUCAACGAACGACAACGAUAACCACUCGCAUCACGGCCACGGCGACCAAGAGACGGCGGCCAGCCAGGAACAAGCAGAUCACCAGCUGCUCUACACCUCCGGCAUCGGCAUGGACAGCCACCUCCUUUGGAACGACGCCCUCAUGGACUCCUACGCAUGGGGAGCGGCCGCGCCGUCUAUGAUAGUGCCGCCGCCUUCAUCGCCGGUGUGGGACUACUGCUGCUCGGAUUCGCUCUGGGGAAUAGGUGACGACGAGGUCGAGUACAAGAAGAUGCUCGCCGUCGCCGGUGCCCCAUGA